AAUGUAAACCACAAUCAUGAUUUCUACUAAUUUACGCAACCUGCAUCUGCCUGUGUCGCCUGAAAAACAUCAGCGACUAUUUCCACCUACUCCUCCAUUUUCUCUUUCUAUUAUCAUCCAAUGAGCUGAGGAUCUAUUGAUCUCUUCAUUGAAUCCGAGUUUAUACUAUUUGGGACUUGUAACUGAUUGAACAAUGAACAAUUUAAAGGAUAAGAAAAUGGGAUCUAUGAUACCUGAGUUUCUUCUUAUUAGCUGUGUUCUCUUCUUCUUUCUGAACAAUGUCUAUGCUGGUGUCACAAGCACUUUCAUCCGUUCAGAAUGGCCAUCAGUUGACAUUCCUCUUGAUAAUGAAGUUUUUGUGAAACCCAAUGGUCAUAAUGCACCUGAACAGGUACACAUCACUCAAGGAGAUUAUGAUGGAAAAGCCAUGAUCAUAAUAUGGGUGACACCUGAUGAACCAGGGUCAAACCAAGUCAAAUAUGGGACAUCAGAGAAUAAGUAUGACUUUACUGCAGAAGGAACUGUGAAAACCUAUACUUUUUACAACUACACAUCCGGAUACAUUCAUGUGUGCCAUGUUGAAAAUCUUGAGUAUGACACCAAGUACUAUUAUGAGAUUGGAGAAGGUGAUUCUGCUCGACAAUUUUGGUUUCAAACACCUCCAAAAAUCGAUCCAAAUGCUUCUUACAAAUUUGGAAUCAUAGGCGACCUAGGGCAAACAUUCAAUUCUCUAUCCACUCUUGAACAUUACAUUCAAAGUGGAGCACAAACAGUGUUACAUGUUGGAGAUUUAUCUUAUGCUGAUAGGUAUAAAUAUGAUGAUAUGGGUGUAAGAUGGGAUUCAUAUGGUCGUUUUGUUGAAAAAAUUUCAGCAUAUCAACCAUGGAUAUGGACCACAGGAAAUCAUGAGAUAGAGUAUAUGCCAUAUAUGAAUGAAGUUGUCCCUUUCAAACAAUAUCUUUAUAGAUACCCGACUCCUUAUACUGCUAGCAAAAGCAGUAAUCCUCUUUGGUAUGCAAUCAGACGUGCAUCCGCUCAUAUAAUUGUGUUAUCCAGUUAUUCCCCAUUUGUGAAAUACACACCUCAAUGGGAGUGGCUGAAGGAAGAAUUUACAAAAGUGGACAGAAAGCAAACACCAUGGCUUAUUGUCAUCAUGCAUUCACCUAUCUAUAACAGUAACAGUGCUCACUACAUGGAGGGAGAAAGCAUGAGAGUUGCAUUUGAAUCUUGGUUUGUUCAAUACAAAGUUGAUGUGGUAUUUGCUGGACAUGUUCAUGCUUAUGAAAGAUCGUAUCGUAUCUCAAACAUACACUACAACAUAACGGGUGGUGUGAGUUAUCCUGUGCCAGAUAAAUCAGCUCCUGUUUAUAUAACUGUUGGAGAUGGAGGAAACCAAGAAGGUCUCGCAUCAAGGUUUAAUGAUCCUCAGCCUGAUUAUUCUGCAUUUCGGGAGGCUAGCUAUGGACAUUCUACAUUAGAAAUAAUGAACAAAACACAUGCAUUUUAUCAUUGGAAUCGAAAUGAUGAUGGGAAGAAAGUUGCAACCGAUUCCUUUGUGUUACACAACCAGUACUGGAACAAGAGUCUUCGAAGAAGGAAAUUGAAGAAGAAUUAUCUACACAACAUCGUCCCUACUCUUGAACUUAACCAAUUAUGAAGGAAAAUAUCCAUGAAAUGAAGGCAUUGAGUAUGUGUUAUUGUCAUUCAAAGAUUCCAUUAAUUAGCUUCUAUGUUGUAAUAACAAGUUUGAAGGUAGAAUUUAUACAAAUAAUGAGUUUGAAGGGCAUAGAACUUCUUUGUUGUAUUCAUGGACAUACAAGUUGUAAAUGUAUUUAGCGUGCAUUAAACUAUGGUCAAAAACAUAAAAGACGAAAAAAAGAUUAUUAUUCA